CCCAUGGCUUCAAUUCAUUUCUCAACGAUCAAUCAAUCAGCAAAAAUCCAAGAAAAAGCUUCCUCGCAUUGCCCAUUUGCCUUCUAAAAAAUCACCCAGUCCAGCGAAAACGCCAUGGAGGACGACUUCGAGUUCCCAACAGGCAGCAACAUGGAAGAAGAUGUGAUGGACAUCCGGAAGACGAAGACCCAGUUAACCCAGUCUCAAAGUUGGAGAGGAGAAAGAGAUUGGGAAGAAUGGUUUGAAGAAGAAGCUGGUUAAGGAAGGUGAAGGUUGGGAGCAUCCUAAAACUGGCGAUGAAGUUGAAGUGCAUUAUACUGGAACUUUGCUUGAUGGAACCAAGUUCGAUUCCAGCCGUGAUAGAGGGACUCCAUUCAAGUUCAAGCUUGGCCUAGGACAAGUAAUUAAAGGCUGGGACGAGGGUAUCAAAACGAUGAAGAAAGGAGAAAACGCCAUUUUCACUAUACCUCCCGAGUUGGCUUAUGGUGAAUCUGGUUCACCACCGACAAUUCCUCCAAACGCGACUCUUCAAUUCGAUGUCGAGUUGCUUACUUGGAUGAGCGAAAAGGACAUAUGCAAAGAUGGGGGAAUCUUGAAGAAGAUACUUGUGGAAGGGGAAAGCUGGGAGAAUCCAAAAGAUUUGGAUGAAGUAUUUGUUAAGUACGAAGCUUGUUUAGAAGAUGGUACACUGAUUUCGAAAUCGGAUGGCGUCGAAUUCACUGUCGGAGAUGGCUAUUUCUGCCCGGCAAUGGUGAAGGCGGUGAAGACGAUGAAGAAAGGGGAGAAGGUCUUGUUGACAGUGAAGCCACAAUAUGCAUUCGGCGAGGGCGGUAAGCCGGCGGAUGGCGGGGAAUGUGAAGUUCCUCCCAACUCAACCCUUCGUAUAACUCUCGAGUUGGUUUCUUGGAAGAGUGUUUCGGAUGUCACGAAAGACAAGAAAGUCUUGAAAAAGAUUUUGAAAGAGGGAGAGGGUUACGAGCGACCGAAUGACGGAGCGGUGGUUCGAGUGAAAUUGGUCGGGAAGCUACCGAACGGGACGAUCUUUGCGAGAAAAGGCUAUGAUAAAGAGCCGCUCGAGUUCAAAAUCGAUGAAGAACAAGUAAUUGAUGGCCUUGACAAAGCCGUGAAGACCAUGAAGAAAGGAGAAAAUGCGCUUAUCACCAUUCAGCCGGAAUAUGCUUUUGGUUCAUCUGAAUCACAGCAAGAGUUGGCUGUAGUUCCGGCUAAUUCAACUGUUUAUUACGAGGUGGAGAUGAUCUCGUUCGUCAAGGAGAAAGAAUCAUGGGAUAUGAGUACACCGGAAAAGAUUGAAUCUGCCGGGAAGAAGAAAGAAGAAGGGAAUGCAUUGUUCAAAGCCGGUAAAUACGAGAGAGCAUCUAAAAGAUAUGAGAAGGCUGCUAAGCUCAUAGAAUAUGACUCAUCUUUCAGCGAGGAAGAGAAGAAGCAGACUAAGUCGCUGAAAGUAACUUGCAACCUUAACAAUGCGGCUUGCAAACUGAAACUCAAAGAUUACAAGCAGGCCGAGAAAUUGUGUACCAAGGUGUUGGAGCUUGAUAGCAGGAAUGUGAAAGCUCUAUACAGGAGGACUCAAGCAUAUAUUCAACUCGUUGAUCUCGAUUUGGCUGAAGCGGAUAUAAAGAAGGCCUUGGAGAUCGACCCUGACAACAAGGAUGUGAAACUGGAGUACCGAAUCUUAAAGGAGAAAAUCAAGGAAUGCAACAAGAAGGAUGCUCAAUUUUACGGUAACAUAUUCGCUAAGAUGAACAAGAGGGCAAAACAAGAGGUGGCACCCAUGGCCAUCGACAGCAAGGCAUGAUAACACGAGUUCCAAUUUGCUUAUUGUCAAAUAUUAGAGAGAUCUGCAAGUUGAUCAUGGGGGUGUUUGUAUGAUCUAGAUGAUGGUAUACGCAAUGAACAGUCAUGUAUGAUGAUCUUGAUCAGAUUGGAAUGUAUCUAAUAAAGUAAUGAUAUGUGUUUUAA